UCCUCCCCCGGAUCUGGGGCAGGUUCUGAUCUGGUUUCGCGAUGAUCCGGAGGGAUCGGGAGCUGCUCCCGGUCGGGAUCCUCCUGCUCCUGCUCCCGGGCGGAGCGGCGCUGGACAUUUGGCUGGCGCCGAGUUUCCGGGGCUUCACCGGCGGCAGCCUGGAGCUGGUUUGUACCUUCAGCUCCUCGGCCCCGGUCAGUGAGCGCCUCACGGUGGACUGGUCUUACCGGGGCUGGGCUCCGGGGGCCGGGGGCAAACACGCGAUUCUCCACUAUCAGUCUGAAGCCUUUCCCGCUCACAGUGGCCCGUUCAAGGAUCGAGUCCUGUGGAAUGGGGAUGUUACAAAAGGAAAUGCUUCCAUCAUCCUGAAGAACUUAACACAGAAUGACAACGGGACAUUCAGUUGUACGGUACAGAACCCGCCAGAUGUAAGCAGUGAGAUGCCGAGCACUGUCCUCACUGUCACUGAGAGAGAGCUCCCGUUUCGCCUCAGUGUGGCUGUCCUUCUGGUUUUGUUGGUGAUAAUUCCGUCUCUGCUGGUGGUCACGGUGCACCUGCUGUGGAUGGGCAAGAGGUUCGGCUUCUAUGGAGUCAACUCCAAAAACACAUCAAUCGAGCUCCUCGAGGGGACUGAUGAAGGUGAAAGUGACCAGGGAAUCGGGAUCUGUUUCUGCUGUGUAUCGUGUUUCCAGGAAUCUGAUGAGGAAGAUGAAGAUUUCCAUCGCUUUUACCCAGCAUCUGAAUCAGUUACAUAGUUUGAAAUAUUUUAUGAUCCCACCUUUAUCAGUAAGACCAUCCCUGGGACUCUCCACUGACUGAAGAGUUUGUUUGUCUGAAGAUGGUGUGUGGGAUUAUUUAACAAUGUCAACUUUCACUGAUACACAGGGAACAGCUUUGGGAGAGUCUAUGUUGUUACUCGUAUUCCUUACACAUCUUGUCAUUAUUCAUACUUCAAGGGAGUGCUUAAAGUUCUUGUUGAUCAUCUAAUGAUCUCAGCAAUGUUUUACCAAAGAGAAGUUAGCGUUUCGGAAUGGAAGGUCAUCAUCCCAAACUAUCCCCUUUGCUUCUGCCUCCACAAACCCAAUGUGGAUUUCCAACCUUUUCUGUUUUUAUUUCAGAUUCCCAGUGUCUGCAGUAUUUUGCUUCUGUCUUAGAAGCCUGUUAUUAGGGAAAUGGAAGAGUGUGAAUCCAAUACUUCAGAAAUCAGUAGUCCAUCCCAGCUGGAGGAUUGUGUUCAGUUCUAGGGCGAAAGAUGGUGGAGCUCAGUGAAGGCACAGGGACAUUCAUGAAAAGGGGGCAUUUUGAGGGAGUUUAAUUAAAUGAGAUUAAACUACAGAAGCUGGGAUUGUUCGCCAAGAAGAGUAAACCAGGGACCUGGGUUCGAUUCCGGUCUCAAGUGACUGUGCAAACCCCGUACAGACAUUCUCCCUGUGUCUGCGUGGGUUUCCUUCGGGAGCUCCGGUUUCCUCCUACAAUCCAAAGAUGUGCAGGUCAGGUGAAUUGACCAUGCUAAAUUGCCCAUAGUGUUCAGGGAUGUGUAGGUUGGAUGCAUUAGUUGGGGUUAAACAUAGAGUAAUAGGAUUGGGGAAUGGGUCUUGAUGGGUCACUCUUCAGAGGAUCGGUGUGGACUUGUUGGGCCAAAUGGCCUAUUUCCACCCUGUAGGGAUUCUAUAAAAUUCAGUGAAAAAAACCUGAAAAUUCAACGAGUUGUUUAGUCAAAUAAAUUGUGAGAAAUUGUUUCCAGGGACCAGAUUUUGGGAAGGGGAGGGGGGGCAGUGGGAAGCAAUUAUUUGACAACAGAGUGACUUGUGAUCUGGACUCCAUGGACUGAAAGGGUUGUGGGAGCUGAUUAAUAACAUUUAAAUUAAAAUUUUAUUUCUAAAUUCAUAAGAAACAAUCUGUGCAGGGUCAAUUAGCAAGGAUAAGGACGAGGUAGGACGCUAAACGAACAACUCUUUCAAGAAUCUGGAUCAAAUAUGAUGGGCUGAAUGGCCUCCUCCUAUGACAUGCCAUUCUCUGAGACAAGGUGGAGCACUCCCUUAGUGCUGACCCUCUGAUAUGGGGCGCUCGCUCAGAACUGACAGAGUGCUGCACUAUCGGAUGAUCAAUGUAGGUUGUGAUUCUGCUAGCCCAGUUGACAUAUUUUCUAAAUCCAUCGUUUGUACUUACUUCUAUUACUACAUCUGUUGCUUUACUGAUUUCCCAAUGGUCAUUUCAUCUCCUCAGCUCUGUGUCCAUUCAAACACCUUUCCUUUAGCUCUUUCCUUCUCUCCCUCUUUCUCUGGCUCUAGACGUAUUUAAAGCCUGUUACAUAGGACAUAGAACAGGCCCUUCAGCCCUCAAUGUUGUGCCAACCUGUGAACUAAUCUAAGCCCACCCCCCUAUGCUAUCCCAUCAUCAUCCAUGUGCUUAUCCAAGGAUUGUUUAAAUCUCCCUAAUGUGGCUGAGUUGACUACAUUAGCAGGUAGGGCAUUCCACACCCUUACCACUCUCUGCGUAAAGAACCUCCCUCUGACAUCUGUCUUAAAUCUAUCACCCCUCAAUUUGUAGCUAUACCCCCUCAUACAAGCUGAUGUCAUCAUCCUAGGAAAAAGACUUUCACUGUCUACCCUAUCUAAGCCUCUGAUCCUUGAUGUUUUCCAGUGCUGAUGAAAGGACAUCAUUCCUAAAAUUUACCCCGUUUCUCCACAUCAGAUAUUGUCUGAGCUGUUGAGUGUUUCCCAGUUUUAUUUUUGUUUUUAUUUCAGAUUUCCUGCCUCUGCCUUGAUUGCUACCUGAGAGCAGCUGUGAGCAAGGUGAUGGAAGGUUACAGGUUACAAUUGGAAGAAAAAGCUCCUAAUGGAUUUAGACACAACACAAACUUUGUCCAAAUUUGAAAUUAUACUUCUGUAGAAAUUAUGCAAAAUUGUCCAAUGGAUUCUGCAUCUCAGAUCCUGAUCUUCCUUCCCCCCCCUUUCCCCCCCCCCAGUAUCAUCCUGCCUCCUCCUCCUCACUCCUUUCCCUAUAGUUUGUGGUCCCAUUCCCUCUGAGGUCCCCUAGGGAAGCCAGUGUUAAGCCUUCUCCAUCCCUGGGGAUUCUGGGGGUUUAUGAUUCACCGAGAAACUGGGGACAAAUAUUUGGGACUAGGUGUUUGUUGCCUGAUAUGCAAAGCCACGUAGAGUCAUGGAGUUAUACAGCAUGGAAACAGACCCUUCGAAUCAACUCAUCUGUACCGACCCAAUAUUCCUUAUCUGAUCUAGACCCAUUUGUCAGCAUUUGGCCCAUAUUCCUCUAUACCCUUGCUAUCCCUGUACCCUUCCAGAUCUCUUUUAAAUGUUAGUGGAUCAGCCUCCACCACUUCCUCUGGCAUCUCAUUCCGUACACGCACCACCCUCUGCAUGAAAAGGUUAACCCUUAGGUCCUUUCUAAAUCAUUCCCCUCGCAACUAAAAUCUGUGCCCUGUAGUCUUUGUUCAUAGUCAAGUGAGUAAUGCCUGUGUGUGGUCCCAUGUUCAUGGCUGGGUGUUUUGAGCAGGUGUUGGGUUUGGAAGGUGGGGUUCCCAUGUGCCUGCGGUGGUUACUUUCUGUAGCUCUGAGCAGUUUUCUCCUGAUUGUCUAUUCAAUUGACUGGAAACAUUGAGUGAAGCCAGAAGGUGUGAUGCUGCGCAUGCUAAAUGUCUUGAUUAGGUUUAUUACUGUGUAGCUGGAGCAUAUAGUGAAGAAUACUUUGGGAUUUGCAAUUUCAAAGGAAAUGCUUUUGUAAAAGUGAUGUUUGGUCAGCCAAAGGCUAUAUCAUCCACAUCCUGUACCUCACCAUCACCUCACUCCUUCUCUUCCUCUCAUGUUUUGAUCUUUACUUCUUUGUCUCCAUUAUCCUUCCUUCCUGGUUCCCUCUACCCCUUCACCCACCUAUCCCUCUUUUCCCCCUAACUCUAAGGGUGAGGUUUCCAUGGUUAGCUCAUUCUGCCCUGUGAAAAUCCUGGAAGAAAGAAUUGAUCUCUACAUGGAAAGACAAGGUUUCAUCAAGGAUAGUCAGAGGGAGGUCAUUCUGAAUAAAUUUGAAUGUUAAGGAGGUGACCAGGUGUGUGGAUGAGGAUAGUGCUGGGAACAGGUCAAAGCUUUAUGUUCUUUAUGUUAAGAUAUUUGAAAAUUGUCAUAAAGAUUUACAGCCUCCUAUGAAAA